CACCGAGCGAGCGCGCUAGCAGCCGCUCCCGCCCCGUGCAUCCGCAGCUACCGCGCCGCGGCGAGACCCGGAGACCGACCGACGGACCCGCGCAGUCGCAGCAUCCUGGAGGAGAACAUGCUUGCCAAUUCGGCCAGUGUGCGAAUUCUCAUCAAGGGAGGCAAGGUGGUGAAUGAUGACUGCACCCACGAGGCAGACGUCUACAUCGAGAACGGCAUCAUCCAGCAGGUGGGCCGUGAGCUCAUGAUCCCUGGUGGGGCCAAGGUGAUCGACGCCACCGGGAAACUGGUGCUCCCUGGGGGCAUCGACACCAGCACCCACUUCCACCAGACCUUCAUGAACGCCACAUGUGUGGACGACUUCUACCACGGGACCAAGGCGGCGCUCGUCGGCGGCACCACCAUGAUCAUUGGUCACGUCCUGCCCGACAAGGAGACCUCCCUUGUGGAAGCCUACGAGAAGUGCAGGGGUCUGGCUGACCCCAAGGUCUGCUGCGACUAUGCCCUCCAUGUAGGCAUCACCUGGUGGGCACCCAAGGUAAAAGCAGAAAUGGAGACACUAGUGAGGGAGAAGGGUGUCAACUCCUUCCAAAUGUUCAUGACCUACAAGGACUUGUACAUGCUUCGAGAUAGUGAGCUGUACCAAGUGUUCCAUGCCUGCAGGGACAUUGGGGCCAUCCCCCGGGUCCACGCUGAAAACGGGGAGCUCGUGGCUGAGGGUGCCAAGGAAGCUCUAGAUUUGGGUAUCACAGGCCCCGAAGGAAUUGAGAUCAGCCGUCCAGAGGAGCUGGAAGCCGAAGCCACCCACCGGGUCAUCACCAUUGCAAACAGGACUCACUGUCCCAUCUACCUGGUCAACGUGUCCAGCAUCUCCGCUGGUGAUGUCAUAGCCGCUGCUAAGAUGCAAGGGAAGGUGGUGCUGGCUGAGACCACCAACGCACAUGCCACGCUCACAGGCUUGCACUACUACCACCAGGACUGGUCCCACGCAGCUGCCUACGUCACCGUGCCUCCUCUGAGACUGGACACCAACACGUCCACCUACCUCAUGAGCCUGCUGGCCAAUGACACUCUGAAUAUUGUGGCAUCUGACCACCGGCCAUUCACCACGAAGCAGAAAGCCAUGGGCAAGGAAGACUUCACCAAGAUCCCACACGGAGUGAGCGGAGUGCAGGAUCGAAUGAGCGUCAUCUGGGAGAGGGGAGUGGUUGGAGGAAAGAUGGAUGAGAACCGUUUCGUGGCCGUCACCAGUUCCAACGCAGCCAAGAUUCUCAACCUGUAUCCCCGCAAGGGCCGCAUCAUCCCCGGAGCUGACGCCGACGUGGUGGUGUGGGACCCGGAAGCCACAAAGACCAUCUCAGCCAGCACCCAGGUGCAGGGUGGAGACUUUAAUCUGUAUGAGAACAUGCGCUGUCACGGCGUGCCGCUGGUCACCAUCAGCCGGGGACGUGUUGUGUACGAGAAUGGCGUCUUCAUGUGUGCAGAGGGCACUGGCAAGUUCUGCCCCCUGAGGUCUUUCCCAGACGUUGUCUAUAAGAAGCUGGUGCAGAGAGAGAAGACCUUAAAGGUGAGGGGAGUGGACCGCACUCCCUACCUAGGGGAUGUCGCUGUUGUUGUCCACCCUGGGAAAAAAGAGAUGGGGACGCCACUGGCAGACACCCCCACUCGGCCAGUCACCCGGCAUGGCGGCAUGCGGGACCUUCAUGAAUCCAGUUUCAGCCUCUCUGGUUCUCAGAUCGAUGACCACGUUCCAAAGCGGGCCUCAGCGCGGAUCCUUGCGCCCCCUGGAGGCAGGUCGAGCGGUAUUUGGUAAAGGCCCUGACCAGCCCCGCCCCCGAGUGGGGUUGCUCCACGGACACCCGCCUGCACACCUUCCGGCCGCAGCUGCAGGGGGUGGGAGAGGUUGGGCUGGGCAGUGCUUCACCGGUGUGGUCUCCACCAACCAGGGAGCCCCGCCUCCCUUGUCUGACCGCGAUUCACGGGGCUCUGAUCCACCCCUAACAAGGCACUUUGAGCUGUUCCUCAUGCUCUGCUCCUUCCUUGGCCCUGGGGUUUCCCUGGGCCCCAGAAGCCCACACUAUGCACAGCACCCAAUGCAUAGCACCUGGCCCUGCCCCUCCUCUCACCCUGACCUCCUAUGCUGGCUCUGGGAAGGCCCAGACUUUGGUGCCCUGCCCUGCUGCCUACCCAGACAGGUGUCCGGAGCACUUUACCAGAUAUAAGUAAGGGCCUUCCCCCCUCACCCCCUAGGCCCCAUGGUGACAUUUCCCAAGUCAGACAGGUGUCAACUCCCCAGCCAUGCCCACUGUGUCCCAUCUCUCCCGAUUCGCCCCAGCCCUGUGUGGGUACAGUCGGGACACCCCAGGUGUGGCCGUGCUUGGGACACCCUGUGCCCUUUGCUAGCCUCUUUUCACUGCCUACUCACACCCUCUGGGAGUCCCAGGCCCCAGAAAGGUAGCUGGGUGGGCAUGGGGCUGGUGCCAGGCGCGUGUAAAUGGUUUUGUUUUGCACGUUUGGUUUGCGCAGUGGUUUGGUUUGACUUGUUUGUGCACCCUGUGGAAAAUAGCGGUGCUUCGUGUCACUAGCAUAGCAUAGAAUCGGGAAUAGAUUUGGUUCGUACGAGAUGCUGCACUCACCGUCAACCAGACAGUACAGGGCAGAGGUGGGGGCAGGCUGUCCCCCUGGUCCCUUCCCCCCACCCAGGGUCCUUCUACUUCCAAAAGCCCCAGACCAUGCCUCCCCUACCCCACACUCCUGCCUCCUGCCACCCCCUCCUACAUUCCUACAUUCAAAUGUCCUGGAUUCUGACCCUAAAAACCUUCAAGCAGCAAGGUGGGCCCUCUCCCAUCUCUGCUCCUGGUUCCUCCCAGCACUAACCCCACAUCCACACCCUCACAAAGCUUCCUAUAACUUGCCCCUGCUGGACAAGGCCUGGCUACUCCUCCUGUGUGACUAGCAAGAGGCCUCAUACCUGCUGAGAAAGGGGGAGUAGGAGAGGGUUGGCCGGCCAGCCACAGGGAAGGGGCUUCAACCCACAAGGCCUAGCUGUCGAAUCCACCACACAAGUGCUAUGGGACCCUGCACUCAACACUCUGCUCUUGCUGACCACCCCGUCUCAGAAGCUCCUCGGAGGUUCUCAUAGGUGGCUAAACAGCCUGGGAAGUGGCUCAGCUGGCUGCCUUUGAUAAGCCUUCCCACCAACCCUUGGCAAGUGAUCUCACUUUUGUUUGAGCUCCCCAAACUUGCCAGAGGCUCCGGAGAUCUUGGCACUCAUCCCUGUACCUCUUUUUAUUUUAUUUAUUUAUUUUUCCUGCUUUGGGUACAUCAAAGCCCUUCCUUCCAUGUAUCAGCUCUCACGGGCUCCUCUUGACAGUGGAAGGCUUACCACUCUCCCCAUUUCACAGAUCAAAACUGAGGUCUGGAAAGUUUAGACCCCCUGGCCCCCUAGUUGUUCAUGGCUGCCAUUGGAUGUCUAACCUAGCUGUGGAAAACAGUUGUGGAGUGAUGUCAGGCUGGCUGGGAGUUUAACCAGAUAGAAUGCUUUCCCUCAGGGAGCGCAUUCUGCCUUGCUUUGCACAAGUCGAUUUUAUCUUUGUCAUGAGCUGACUAAUGUAUACUCUUGGUUUGAGCCUGGACUAGAAAAGUGUUGGGAACUUGUGUGUGAUUCUAAUUGCAUCUUCAUCUUCCCUUCAUUCCCAUUAUCCUCACUUAGGAGCUGAAAGGACAAAUAACCCAGGGAACAGGGAUAGCCACAGGAACAGUAGGUAAUGGCCCUGGAAAAGCCUUCAUGGACAACAACAACAGGUGGCGCUGGCCCCUGGUACAGUGUCUGACUGUAUCUUUCUUUCUCCCUCUCUCCUCCUCCUUCUCCUUCUUGACACAAAGUCUUGCCUAUGUAGCCUGGCCUUGAACUCACAACAAUCCUGCCUUUGUUUCUCCGAGUACUGGAAUUAUACACAUUGGCUACCACACCUAGCUAUACAUCAGCUUUGUCUAUUUCUGCCCUUGCAGGGUCAUAGGCCUUGGCCAGAUGCCAGAGAUCCAAGGGGUGGUAGGGCCAGCUAGGCAGGCCACAUGGCAUGGGCCAGGAAUGCCCCACCUGCUCUGAGUGUUUCCACCCCGAGAAGUGUGUGACCUGAGUGGUGGGAGAGUGUGUGUUCAAGAGGCCGCUGUAGGCCUUCCACUUCACCCACCCACACCCUUCUGUAGGCCCAGGUCCAUCCUUUCAUAGACUGCUCAUCCAGGAGCUUCUAAGAGCCAAACAAACCAUCAUCCCCCAGUGUCUGCUUCCUGCCCUGUGCAGAGCUCCAGUCAGCCCCAUCACAGGUCCAGUGGCUGCUGGCUGGAGCGUAAAGGGUCUCUGGUUGCACCGAAUGCAGCUCUCAAACUGGUCUUGUACUUGCUGAAUAAAUACUGUUGUUCUUGCCUUAGCUGCUCUCUAGGUUUGUGGGGUUAACUUACCAGAAAAUUGUGCUACUGUGUGUUUGUGUGUGUGUGUGCGUGUGUGUAGUGCUAGGAGUCCACAGUAGGUCUCUUGUCAAGCCAGUGCCAUGAUGAGGGCAUCUCUUCUAUUGACCCAGAAACCACAGAACCACAUGGAAGCCAACCCCCCUCCAGCUGCUGAGGUGGCAGGCACAGCCGUCAGAACGGAGCUGUCAGCGCCCCAGCCCCCAAGCGACUCCCUCGCUCCUCUGUAAAUGUCAUGGUGCUAAGGUUGUGUCAAUCCCAAGACGACACAUGGUCCUGUGCUUUGGCCA